AUGGUUCCUGGUGCUCCAGGACUUCCACUUCACCCUACGACAUCGGGCGGGGACGGCCAACGCCGAUGGACUCUCCCGCCUGUGGUCAGCUUUCGCAGGUCUGUGAGCACUCAGAAGAGGACAUGCCCUUUGCUCUCUGUUCAGCCCGUUCGAGGACUGGUGGAUGAGAAGUUUCAGAUUGCGGUAACAAAUUUACCACCAAAUCAAAAAGUUACACUACACUCUCUGCAUCAGUCAGAUGACAAGGACUUCUGGGAGGCAUUUGGACACUAUGUCAGUGAUGAACAUGGAUCAGUGACAGGGUUCAAAGAUGAAUGUUUGGGAGGCACUUAUGACGGCACAGAGCCAGUGGGGUUGCUGUGGAGCAUGAGGCCCAUACCAGGAAGUCGACAUGGACUCAGGUUACGUAAGAGGGACAUUUUCAGACCAAUGGAAGUUUGCAUUUCAGUAUACAGUGGGCAUCUAUCUCAAGGCUUCAGCCAGCAAACACCCUUGGCAACCAGUGUCACUGAGCGCUGGUACGUCGCACCAGGUGUGAAGAGGGUGAACAUCAGGGAGGAAGAAAUACGAGGAACAUUAUUCCUGCCUCCAGGCUUUGGGCCAUAUCCAGGAGUGCUGGACCUGUGGGGAACUGGUGGUGGUUUGGUUGAAUACCGUUCUGCCCUGCUUGCAUCUCAUGGCUUUGCAUCCAUGGCACUUGAGUACACUCAAGACACUGAUGCUUCUUACUUUGAGAAAGCAUACCAGAUCCUGAAUAAUCAUCCAAUGGUAAAGAAGGAUCAUUUGGCUGUUCUUGGGCUAAGUGUGGGAAGUGCUAUCACACUCAGUAUGGCGUCCUACUCCAAAGUCAUUAAGCCCCAGUGUUGUGUGUGCAUAAGUGGAAGUCAUCUGAUGCCUGUUGAAAAAUCCCUCUCUGAACUCUUUGAGCUGAUGAAAAGCAAUGAAGAUAAGCUAUGUGUGAAUGAGGACAACCAGGUUAUCUACAGAAAUCUGAUUUUAUCGCUUCCCUGUCAAAGUGCCAAAGUUGAUGUUGGGAGAAUAAAGUGUCCUCUUCUGUUGGUGAAUGGUGAUGAUGAUCAGACUUUUCCUGUAGUGGAAUCAGCUGAAGACAUGGCAAUGAUGAUGGAGAAAGCAGGAAAUCGACACUUGCUGGAAAUCCUGAUGUAUCCUGAUACAGGUCAUCUUAUUGAACCUCCGUACUCACCUCACUUCCGUGCAACUAACUAUAAACUAGAGUGGAAAAAUGAGAGAAUUGUCAUGCUGUGGGGUGGACAAACCAAACCGCACGCGUACGCACAAGAGGACGCAUGGAAGAAGAUAUUAGCAUUUCUGUGGCAGCACCUGUCAGCACCUGUCAGCACCGUGACUUCAUUUUAAGCGUCACCCAUUUAAAUGUAACCAUUUUAAAUCUCUGGUUUAUUUUUAAAUGAUGACAUUAUGAUUCUGGAAGUUCUGUUGACAGCCAUCUUGAGAAGGAGAAAGGUUUAAUUUUAAAAUUUUGUUGUGAGAUACUUUUAAAGAUUUUAUUUCAGAGUUUAAUUUCAGUGUAACUUCUUCCAAGUGAUGAAUGAACAGCAGAAUGUUGAUACAAUCACCCAUUUAUCCAUGUUUAUGCUACUGUGUCCAUAUCACCAAAUAAUAAGUAAUCAUUAAAAAAACAAUAAUGAAACUAAUUGACAAUGAAUUUGAUUAUCUUUAAAUGGACUAUGGAUUAAUUGCAUGGAAAACAUCUGCCAGACACAGCAGUCUUCAGUGCUUCAAAUCUGAAAUGAUGCCAGGAUGUACUGUAAUACGUUUCUGAAGUUUUUAAUCUAUAAAAAGGGUUUAUGCUAUAUGUAAUACUUCUUUUACUUCAGUAAAAAAAAAAAAAAAAAACUGGAGACUUUGGUGACAUCUGGUGGCUAAUGAUGGUAUAAAAAGAUCAAAGUAUCAAAAAAUAUCAAUAGCUAGUUGUUGGCAGUAGUUUUUAAUGGCUUUUUCCUUUGUGGGUGUGCAUGCACGUGUGUGUAUAUGUGUGUGAGAGAGAUAAAGAGUGUUAUUGUUUGACACUGAGAAUGUUGUACAGUCUCACCCCUUCAUUAAUAUGUGUGUUGAUCUGCACUGUGUUGGAUUUAUUGGACAAAUAAUAUAUAUUUUUUAAUUUUAGUAUUUCCCAUUUAUUUCCUAUGGAAGAAACCUAGCAGGCUUUCUUUUCUUUAUUUUUUAAACCACUUAACUGUUGAAUCAAGUCCUCUAUUUUUUUUUGUGUGUGU